AUGUCAGCUGCUGGGGCGCGGCCCAUUCGUCGCCGCAGAAGUGCCGAGGCUCCCCUCAGGCCCGAGCAGUGGGCUGCCUUGGUCUGCACUGGUGUGACCGCUUGGAACUCACUGUUCGGCCUUAAGCCUCUCCUUCCUGGCCAGACCGUCCUCUUCCAAGGAACUGGCGGUGUCUCUGUCACUGGUCUCGUUCUCGCUAAGGCUGCUGGUGCCAGGACCAUCAUCACCUCCUCCAGCGACGAGAAGCUCAAGUUCGUCCAAAAGAAGUUCGGUGUUGACUACGUCCUUAAAUACAAGAAGACUCCCAACUGGGCUGCCGAGGCCAAGAAGCUUACCGGGGGCGUUGGUGUCGAUUACAUUUUUGAGAACGGUGGUUCCGGCACCAUCAAGCAGUCCAUCGAGGCUAUCAAAUUUGGUGGUAUCAUCUCCGUCAUCGGUUUCCUCUCCUCCGCGAAGCAGGAGGAUAUGCCGGAUGUUGCCGGCCUGGCUUUGAGCAAGGGCUGUGUCGUCCGCGGCAUUAUCAUUGGAUCAAAGCAGCAGCUUGAGGAGGUGGUCGAGUUUGUUGGCAACCACAACCUCGACAUUCCUGUCGGUAAGACCUUCAAAGGAGGGAGUUGUCAAGGCUUUGGAGUACACGACCUCUGGUUCUCACAUUGGCAAGAUUUGCAUUAA